AUGGAUUAUCACAUUUCUAUUACUGUUUUGGAUGAUUAUAAUUUGACCUACAUCCAUAGGUGGCCGAAAGAGGGGCUGACCAAAGGUGUUCAAGUGAUGGCACGAACCACUAGGGGGAGUAGGAUCGAUGGAGUAUUCCUGCAGGAGAACACCCACACAAUUGUGGGCCCUAACCAAAAGUUGUUGAACAAAGAAGUUGGUGUCGUUGCUCGUAUGAUGGCUCCCAUAAGGAAGUACUAUUGGACUGAGUUGACUGAUGAAGACAAACACCCUAUGUUUGUGAAACUAGAGUGCGAGUUUGCAUUUGUCUCAGCUACCAAAGAGGUGAGGAAGGCUUUAGAUAAGAAACUCCACAAACGCUUCUUGAACUACGAGUACACCUGUCAUAAACACUACAUGGAACAGGAAGACCCGACCAAAGCUCGUCCGACCCUGCAGAAGGAGUGA